AGUCUGUCUUCACAGCACCGCACACAACAAAAAAGGGGCUCUCCAACUCUGGUCGGGCGGCACAGCGCAGCGUUCGCCCGGCAGUCAACGUACCGUACACUUGUACGCUUAAAGCCGACAACCUCCAGCGAAGGUGAUCGAGGGAGGGAAGAAGCGGAUUGCGCCCACUGUUUUUCUAUAUAUAUAUAUAUAUAUAUAUAUAUUUAUUUAUUUUUUCCCCUACGCGUCCACCUGGAAAUGCGCCGCGGCCUGAGCUGCGUCCCCGCGUCGCGCGGCCGUCUCCGCACCUCGCCGCUGCUGACGUCCGCCCGCUAUCGACUCACCAACGCGAGCAUUCUCUCCAACAUUAAAAGCAUGGCGGAUGAGAAGGACGACCUCACGUGCAAACUCGUCUACCUCGCGCGGCGACAAGACGAUGCCAUCGCCUUUGCCGUGAAGGAGAAAGAAAUGCUGGCCGAGAAGGCGAAGCGGCAGCUCGCCCUGGAGGACGAAAAGAGGAAGAUGAAGGACAGAGUGGAGGCGCUGGUGGCGAAGGCGGCGCAGCUCGGCGGCCCGGCAGCGGCGCAGCGCAUGCGGGAGGAAAUCGCAAAGGACGAGGGCCGCUACGUGCGCUCCGUCGACGCCUUCGGCGACAAGACGGUGCGCCUCCAGCACUCCUUCUCCGGCCUCGCCGACAACCGCAUCAUCCCCUGGUGGGAGUACGCGUACUGGAACUACAUCCGCUACUUCUUCACGCAGGAGCUGCUCAUCGCGAAGGACCGCUUCGGCAACAAGUUUACCGUGACGUGGCAAUUUCUGAAGGGCCGCGAGGAGCAGCGCCGGAUGUACCGCCGCGACUCAAACAAGCGCCACCUGCCCUACGGUGCCCUCGCAACGGACGAGCGGCUGUGGGAGCGGUGGAUGCGCGGACACCGCGGCGACCCGCCCAGCGUCGCCGAGGAGGAGCACCUGCGCAGCUACAAGAAGCAGUUCUUCGGGGCGAUGGUUCUGGAGGAUGAGGAGGUGGAGGACGCGUUGAUGCGGCUGAUGGCGCACAUGAACCGCUCCCAGCAGACCUUCCAGGAACUGGACGAGGACCAGGUUUACGGCGACGCCCACCGCGCCACGAAGCCGCUGCGGGAGACGGAGCACAAGCCCGGCGAGGAGGUGGCGGCCCGGCGGAAUCGCAAGGGCGCGACGUGGACACUCGGCUUCGCCCGCGGCGACCUCUUCUACAAUGAGGAGGAGACGCAGGUGAUGCGGCAGGAGUUGGGCCACCUCUUCCGCAACAUGGAGUGGCAGGAGCUGGAGUACAAGCGGCAGGUGCGCAUGAACAAGCAGCAGCCCCCACACGGCAAGCCGCCGGAAGGGACGACCGACCCACGCACCCCCGACGGCGACCCGAUGAACCAGUACUGGGAGCGCACCGAUCUGGGCAUCCCGUACCACGACGCCGUGCCCGACCUCACCACGCCGGAGCUGGAGCGCCUGCACAUCGAGGCGGACCAGUUGGAGGACGAGCGCCUCGCCAUCCGCAAGGAGUUGGGGCUGACCGACCUCGGCGAUAUCCGCGAGGGACGGGAGCCGAUUCAGCGCGAUUACGCCCCUCUUCAGCCUCCGCCGGUGUCCUCGCGGUGGAAGCCGAAGUCGUGGGAGGAGGCGUGGGGUACGGGAAGCGGGAUGCUCUACUAA